AUGGACCAGAACGAUAUCACUGCAGUCCCUGAAUUCAUUCUUAUGGGACUUACUGAUCUCCCAGAAUUACAGGUCCUUCACUUUUUGGUGUUUCUGGCAGUCUAUCCGAUCAGCCUUUUGUUAAAUUUGGGAUUAACUGUGCUAAUCAAAAUCGACUCUCGACUUCACACCCUGAUGUACUUCUUUCUUGGCUACUUGUCUGCCUUUUAUCUUUCGUAUUUUUCAGCUAUUGCUCUCAAGAUGCUAGCAGUCUUUUUUCUGGAGGUGAGAACUAUUUCCUUGAUAGAAUGUACCAUUCAGAUUUAUCACUUUGUGGCCUGUGUAACCAUAGAGGGUUACCUCCUGGUGGUCAUGGCAUACGAUUGCUUCACGGCAAUCUGCAACCCUCUGGUCUAUACGGUUGUUAUGUCCCCCAGAGUUUGCACUCAGCUCAUUCUUUGUUCAUAUCUCAUUGGUUUUCUCCAGGGACUCAUUCAGGUGCUGCUAAUAUUUCAUCUGCCAUUUUGCAAGUUAAAUAUCAUCAAUCAUUUCUUCUGCGAUCUCUCCCCAAUAUUAAAAUUAUUGUGCAGUAACACCUUCCCCAGUGAGGUCUUGCUUUUCAGCCUGGGGCUUUUCAAUGGAACUGUCACCUCUCUGGAAAUUGUGGUGUCUUACGUAUAUAUCCUCAUCACCACCCUGAAGAUUCGCUCUGCAACAGGGAGAUGCAAGGCCUUCUCCACCUGUGUCUCACACCUAACGGUGGUUGGCUCAUUAUACGGGACCACCAUCUUCAUAUACAUUCGGCCCAGUUCACAGUACACACCAGAAAAUGACAAAGUGGUUUUCAUGUUUUAUACUCCUGUGAUGCUAAUGCUGAAUCCUCUGAUCUCCAGCCUGAGAAAGAAGGAUGUGAAAGAUGCCCUGUGA